AGGCGCGGCCAGCCUUAGGUUCCCGCAGGCUCAGCAUUCAGUGACCACAGGCUGAUUAUUGUAGGUAAGGAAUCAGAUAAGAAAGUAAUUUAUAAACCUCUUUAAAUCAUCAGAACGCAGCCGAGAAAGGGUUCUGCUCCCCUGCUCUGCAGACCUUUGCUCUCCUUUGCAUGCCGUGCAUUCAUUUAAAAUUGUGCCUGCCUGCUUUCGCAAGUAGAUGUGCCAGCGUUUGGGGUGUUUUUUUCUUUUUUUCCUUUUUUUCCGCCGUGAGGACCACACAUCCACACAUUCUUUUCCGUUGUAUGUUUUGACAGUGAACGUUGCAAUAAAAAAAAAAAAAAAAAAGCAAGUCGGGGGAGAGGCUUAGGUAAGGGAAAGAAGAAGAGAGAAGGCGGGGGAUAGAAUCCAAACAGUUGGUCCCUGGAAUUUCGCACGGGCAGUGCGAAAUCCCAAGCUCUUUUUUAAAUAUCUGUUAUUUUUCUUGAAGUUUCCAUGUUGUUUGGAGGUGGGGGAGAGGAAUUUGAAGCCCCCUUUCCAUAAACAGACGACAUGCAAGAGUUGGAACGAAGCGAUGCAGGAAAAAAAAAAGAGAGAGAUGGUGAGAUAGUAGCAAGAGAUGUAUACAAUCAUCGUGCAACGGAGGAGGGAAGGAAAGGAGAUCUUUUUCACAAACUUUCUCCUUCGGCUAAUUGUCAUUCUUUCUUCUCUUCAAAUAAAGGGAAUAUCUGGUAGAGCAACAGAAUAAAAACAGGAUUCCGCCAUUUUGAUGUUUUUUAAAAAGUAAAGUAAUGGAUGGGCGAGCAGAGAUGGAGGUGAUAAGAAGCACAAAAGGAAAUGCAACUGGGGAGGUCAGUGUCCAUUUGGUGGCCAGUGAAAAUACUGUGCAAAAUGCCCACUUACCAGCAACUACCUUCAUCAUACCAGCAACUACAACUACUAUAAACCUUCCAGUGAACACCUUAGAAAUCCAGCGAUUCCCCCGAGAAGCCCAGAAAAACAUGGGGACAGAGAGACCAAGAGAGGGUGUGGGGAACGAGCCCAUCACAGCAACAGUCAUCCCUCAGAUCAGCGGAGUGCAGAUUUGCAACACCAUCCGGGAUCUGGAAUGGAAAGAUGGGAUUGCCACUCUUCCUGGGAGCAACCUAAGGUUUCGAAUAAAUGAAUAUGGGACAGUGAAAGUAGUUAGUGCUGACAAACCUUCACCUGCAGAACCUAUACAGGAAUGUCAGCCGGAAAGAAAUGGGGAUGAUGGAGGGGUACUUACCUGCAAGGGCAAUCCUAUCAGGACUCCAGAAUCAGAUAUUCCAGAGCCUCUUAAACUUCCAACGGUAGACAACCUAUGCCACUGCAAUACUUGUGGCCGAAGAAAUAUUUCUGGGUCAACCCAGGAAGGCCGGGCAUUUUGCAGUGAGAACUGUCACCGGCAGUUCAAAGAAAGGUCUGUCAUUGUGGAGAAUUCUGCUGGCAUCACCAACACUACUGAACUUCUCAAACCAGUAAAGAAACGGAAGAGGAAAGAUUAUCAAAGCCCUUCAGAGGAGGAAGAGGAAGAAUCAGAGCAAAUGGAACUAAAGCAGGAGGAGAUAAAUGGUUCGGGAGGAAAACUUCCUGCUGUUAAUAAUAGUAAUGAAGAAUGGAAUACCGAUCAGUUUGUUUCCAGUGAAAAGGCAGAAAGUUGGACCUGGGCAUCAUACCUAGAAGAACAAAAAGCCACAGCUGCUCCUUUAAAUUUGUUCCAAGAACACCAGUCGAUUACCCCAAAUAAGAACGGUUUCAAAGUGGGAAUGAAACUGGAAGGGAUAGAUCCUCAGCACCCCUCAAUGUAUUUUAUUCUCACUGUAGCAGAGGUAUGUGGCUACAGGAUGCGGCUUCAUUUUGAUGGCUAUUCUGAAUGCCAUGAUUUUUGGCUAAAUGCUGACUCUCCCAAUAUUCAUCCUGCUGGCUGGUUUGAGAAAACGGGACACAAACUUCAACCUCCCAAAGGUUACAAGGAAGAUGAAUUCAGCUGGGCCAAUUACCUGAAGAUUACCAAAGCUCAGGCAGCUCCCAAGCAUCUCUUUGCCAGUCCAGACAGUAAUGAUGCUCCCAUAGGAUUCCAAAUAGGGAUGAAACUUGAAGCAGUGGACCGUAUGAAUCCUUCUUUGAUUUGCGUGGCCACAGUGACAGAUGUGGUAGACAAUCGCUUUUUGGUGCACUUUGACAACUGGGAUGACACAUAUGACUACUGGUGUGAUCCCAGUAGCCCCUACAUUCAUCCUGUUGGUUGGUGUCAGGAACAUGGAAAACCUCUCACUCCUCCACAAGACUAUCCUGACCCUGAGAACUUCUGUUGGGAAAAAUAUUUGUCAGAAACAGGUGCUUCUGCAGCACCAACUUGGGCCUUUAAGGUGAGGCAGCCCCAUGGCUUUCUGAUGAACAUGAAAUUGGAGGCAGUGGAUCGAAGGACCCCCUCUCUAAUCAGAGUUGGUAGUGUAGAGGAUGUAGAAGACUACAGGAUAAAGAUUCAUUUUGAUGGCUGGAGCCAUAUCUAUGAUUUCUGGAUUGACUCAGAUCACCCAGACAUUCAUCCUGUAGGAUGGUGCUCAAAAACUGGACAUCCAUUACAACCUCCUCUUACAGGGCCAAAGGAACCUGUCUCCUCUACCAAUGGAAGCUGUCCAACCUUGGCCUGUAAAACCCUCCCAGCUACCAAGAGUUCCAAAUAUAGCUUUCAUAGAAAGUGUCCAACACCUGGUUGUGAUGGCUCGGGCCAUGUGACUGGGAGAUUUACAGCUCAUUACUGCAUCUCAGGGUGUCCCCUGGCAGAGAAAAACCAGGGAAGGGUAAAGGCUGAACUUUCAGACACUGAAAACUCUGUUCGAAAAAGGAACUUAAUUGCUUAUUCCCAGAAGAAGAAGUCUCGCCAUCAUGGAAGAGGGCGACCUCCUAAAUAUCGGAAAAUCCAGCAGGAAGAUUUCCAAACCAUUUCAUCAGAAAGUAUGCACCAGUCUCUGUUUAUGUCAGCCUUGUCAGCACAUCCUGACCGUUCCUUAUCCCUCUGCUGGGAUCAGCAUUGUAAGCUUCUGCCUGGAGUAGCUGGGAUCACAGCAUCCACAGUGGCCAAAUGGACAAUUGAUGAGGUUUUCAGCUUUGUACAGACGUUAACAGGUUGUGAGGAUCAAGCAAAACUCUUCAGAGAUGAGAUGAUUGAUGGUGAGGCCUUCCUUUUGCUGACUCAGGCUGACAUUGUGAAGAUCAUGAGCGUAAAGCUUGGCCCAGCACUUAAAAUCUACAAUGCCAUUCUUAUGUUCAAAAAUGCUGAUGACACCUUAAAAUGAACUAGCCAGGACAGCUUUUGACUUUCCACCACACAGAAACUGCCAGACUCUUUUGUCUGUCUAUCUUGGAUGAAUUGAGACAUUUUUAACUGCUGCAGUUGUAAAAUCCUGCCAACUUGC